AUGAUGACGUCUACACCGAGGAGUGGAGAAAUUCCGGAGCGGUACCCGGGCGGCUGGAGAAACAGCCUGGCCCCGGAUCCGGAUGCUGCUGCUCGACCGACGCCGACGGACGCAUUGCCGACCUCUCACGUAAUGAGGUUCCAUCCGGAGAUAGGAACUUGCGGCGCUCGGGGUCCUUCGGGCUCCUUUGGCAACAUGGGCAUGACAAACGGGAAAUGA